GUGACGCAGCCCGGGUCGGCGCGCGCGAGGCAGGCUGGGUAUUUAAGGGCCUGGCUGAGCGCGCUCCGGUCAUGUGUCCGCCGAGAGGACGCGAAGGAGGGGGUGUUGUCAGUGGCGGCGGCGGGCUGUGGGAGCGGAGAGUCCCGUGGGAGCGCUUGGCGGGCCGUUGGCUGCAGCCGGGGACUCUGCUCGUGGCCGCGCUCUUCGCCCUCGGCGCCUCCGCCGUCUAUUCGUUCCCGCUGCUGUCCGCCUGCGCGCUGUGUGUGAGCGGCUGCUGGGUGUACCGGAGCUCCGGCAGGCGGUUACUGGUCCUCGCCGGCCUCAGGCCUCCCCUGGGCCCAGUGCACGCUCCCCCCAAACGGCAGAGGCCGUACCCGGCCCGCAGGCACAGGGAUCCGCACUCCUGGUGGAGCCCCGCCGACCUCCUGCUCCUCAUGGGGAGCUACCUGGGCAAGCAGGACCCCCCGGCCAGGGGCCAGCUCAGAGGGCCCCGCGACAUUAAGGAAAGGCUGACCAGACCCAACCCUGAGGUGGCGACACCGGCCAGGCGGCUCUCCUUCAGGGAAACACCGGUGCAUAAUCGUGCUUACAUGAAUCCGCGACGACAUUAUCCAGCUCACCAGCCUCAAUAUAGCAUGACUGGCUCACUUCCUAUGGUAUUUAUGAAUGGACAUCAAGAAAAGACUGUUGUGUCACCUAAAAAAUAUAUGCUGCGUAGCCCUGUUACUGUACGAAUACCGCCUGCAGACAAAAGCACUGCGUACUCCUUCCUUGAUAAUGUGCCUUCUCGGUGUCCAGUCUCUCCUACUCACUGCGCUCCAGAUCCUUGUGCAAAGGAGACUGUGUUGAGUGCCAUCAAAGAGUCUCGAAAAAGGCUAAACAAAGAUGAAGAGAAUGCUUUAUUUGGAGACUUGGAUACUAAGAGGAGGAGAUAUGGAAGUGGUCCAUCACUUGAACCACCUGUAGCCAAUGGACUGCUCUCUUCAUUUGCUGCAAAGGAUAUACCUGAACGUGCUUAUGUGAAUCGGCGUUACCCAAUUCACCAACCACAGUAUAGCAAGGUUGGAUCCCUUCCUUUGGUGUCUUUGGAUGGAUAUCAAAAGAAGCCUGUUCUGUCACCUAAAAAUGCAUACCGACCUGGUAUUGUAAGAAUACCCCCUCCAGACAAAAACAUUGCUAACGUCAUCAAAAACUUGCAUUGUAGUUCAGUGUCUCCGCCUCACAGAUCUCCAGAUCCUUGUGCAAAGGAAACUGUACUGAAUGCCCUGAAAGAGUGCCGGAAAAGACUAAACAAAGAUGACGACUAUACUAUAGCUGGUGAUCUUGAUAACAAGAGGAGGAGACAUGGAGGUGAUCCAACUUCUGAACCACCAGAAGCCAAUGGACUCCAGGCUACUUCUGUUUUCAAGUCAGACAAUCUGAAGAGAAGACAGAGUGUGCAGAGUUUUGAUGAAGAUCCCAGUAAACGUUCCCGGACCUCUUCAAGCAGUUCUGUGACCAGCAAUACAAUGAACGGCAUUCAACUGUCUGCACAUAAUGCGAUCACAAGUUCCUACAGUUCCAGCAAAAAGCUGUUGAAGGAAAGGAUGGCUUCACUGAAUAAAUCUGCAUCCAGUUCUUCUUCCAGAUGCCAGACACCAGAGUGGCCCAUUAAGAAGGGAAGCCAAGAUCUGCAUACCAAAAGCCCAGUAACGCCACUAAAAUCCAACAGCAGGUUGAACUCAUCUGGACAAUUUGCUGAUACACCAGUCUCAAAAGGAUUAUCCACCAUAAGUACAUCUCCCACUGGGAAUGUUGUUGCUGGAAGAAGAAGCAAAGUUUUGCUGACUUGCCCGGAAAGGAACGAGCCAUACCAUCUGCCUCCAGCACCUAUUGUGGGAUAUGAAGUGACUACAGAAGAUUAUGAUGCUGAGAAGAAAGCUGCGUUACAGAGGUUGCACAGGGCAUUGGAAGAUCUGGUUCCAACCACUUCAGCACCAUCAAGUAUUGCUUCCUCUGUCUUCACUCUGCCAACUACAGCACCGUCAACCUUUCAACAAGCACCUGUUGCUAGUAACAGUUCUCUAAUGCAGAGUCUGGCUAAGAUGCAAGAAAAGGAAAAGCCUCCAGCCCUUGGAGCAACUGCACAGAGCACAGCUGAAGUGGCUACCACUGUCUCAAAAGUCUCAAAUUUAACAUUUGCUUUUGCGGCCAACUCUAGUUCUUCUGGCCUGCAAUCUGCCAUAUCUAACACAACACCUAAUCUUGUUACUCCUGUGGUCACCUCAAUCAGCACCCCUGUUUUCCCUCAGCCACUGGGAUCAACCCAUAUGAAGCCUCAAUCUCCCAAAAAUGGUCUUCUCCUCCAGAUGCUCAGUAAACCAGAGGAUAAUGCCCAGACUGCUUUUAAACCAAUCUUUGGUGCUCCUCCAUCUGAAAACUCAAUUUCAUCGACUGCUACUCCUGUAUUACCUGUCAGUACAGUAGCUUCAGCCACAUUCAAACCUGUAUUUGGCAAUAAUCUUGAGCAACAGACUCCAGCCUCCGAAGCUACAUUCAAACCAAUUUUUGGGGCGAGCAGCGCUCAGCCUCCAGCUUCUUCUGCACCAUUUUCAUUCCAGAUGGCAUCCAAAUCGAGUACUUCAACUCCAGCCUUUCCUGGUGUCAGUGUCACCGAUAAUGCACCCAAAACCACACCUGUACUCUCUGCCCCCAUUACAACAACUACAAAUUCUAAUACAGGAACUGCAUUUCAGUUUGGAGCAGCUUCCCAGUGCCCAACUACAUCAAGUGCUGCUGCAGUGCUAGGUAGCAACAGUAAUAAAGUCUCCCAGGCAAAGCCUGCCAUAUCAUUUGGCCAAACUGCUAACGCUCAGAACAGUGGCUUUACUGGUUUUGGCAGUGCAUCAGCUGCAUCAACAACUCAACCUAAACCAUCCACUGCAUUUGGGUCUACCACCUCUGCUUUCACUGCCACGUUUGGUUCAAACAAUUCUUUCCCUGGUAAUAGUGGCACACCUGCCUUUACCAGUGGUGCCUCCAGUGAAGCACCAGCAAGCAAAUCUACAACCACACCUAUUCCCAACUUUGGAUCAGGAACUCCUGCUUUUGGGUCAAGCACGCAGCCUGGCUUUGCCAGUAAUGUGCAGCCAGCAUUUGGGGCUAGUGUUCAACCAACAUUUGGGACUACAAACACAACUUUCAGUUUUGGCAAUUCUGCCCCAGCAGCAACAAAAGCUACGACAUUUGGCAGUAUAAGUAACAGCCAAACCAGUAGCAGCACACCCAGUACAAAUAUGUUUGCAGGUGCAUCUUCUACACCAUUCUCUUUUGGUGUGGCUUCAAACAGUGCAGCAUCUUUUGGUAGUGGGAGUCAAAGUGCAAACACAGCUGGAAACACUGGCUUCAACUUUGGAGCAGCAUCAACUGCAGCACCUGCUGCAUCAUCAUUUGGUAGUUCAAAUGCAACACAGAACAGCAUUGGAACUCCAGCCCAAAACUCUACCUUUACGUUUGGGACCCCGGGGGCAACAGAGAACAAGUCCUCUUUUGGUACAUCCACUCCAGCAUUUGGCCAGACUACCCCUACAGCUGGUUUAACUUUUGGGAGUCCAGCUCCAGGAUUUCCAAAUGCUAGUCCCUCAUUUAGUCCUGCUACCCCUUCCUUCUCUAUUGGUGCUGGUUCAAAAUCUACAGGUGUUCGUCAGCGACUCAUGGCCCGCCGUCAACAUGCUCGGAAGAAAUAGAUGACACUGCGCUUAUACUCUCCCAUGGUCUUGUUCCUCCCAGUAUUGGCUUGCUCUGUGGACAUAUUCAUUAUCUACCCAGAUAUAAUUAACUAAGGGACUGAUGCAAACCGCCACACAGCACAACUUGCUGCCCAAGAAGUUUAACAUUUUCAGGCAGGAUUGUGACCAGGGAGUGUUAUGUGUUGGAGUAGAAGAACUUUUUCUACAUACUGCCAAAUUUGACUUUGAGACCUGCCUCCUUUGAGGUAUGCCUGGUUUAAUUGUACAAUUUCAGAUGUUGGUUUGAACUUGUAGAAUAUGGCUGGAAAUAAUAGCCUUGAGAAAGCUGCCCGUGCACUUUCCAAUUGACUGUUUACUGUAAUACCACAAACUUAUUCUCAUGUCUUUUUAGACUUCUGUAUCUCCCUAUCCUAUUUCUAAGUUUUUCUGCUACUUUUUUAGAGCCAGAAUAGUACAUAUCCAAUUGUUUUUACUGCCACUGUAACUGUGGAAGUUGGAGCAAAUACACCACUGUACACCUUUCCUCGUUCUACAGUGAGAACCUUUAGACGUCUGCAAUGAAUGUUUGUUCCUCUUACUAGACAGGCUCUGCUUUGUCAAAAGUGGGGGGAAGCCCUUUUGCACUUAAUGGUGUGGUGCUUGAUGCAAUUGUUGCUCUCCUUCAUUGUUUUACCUGUCUAUGAACUUCUUUUGUGCAGAGGUAUCUGCAUAAACUUGACUAUGGCAACAGAGAGUAAAAUACUGGGAUCCAAUACAGCUAGAAUAAAAAGCUGCAUAUAUGACAGCUUUUGUUUUUGUAAAUAACUUGUAAAGUUGUAUUACCUUACAAACAAAAAAGUCCACAAUUAGCACUACUCUAGACCUCUCUGCAUAGUUCCUAUAAAAUGAUUUUUUUUUUUUUUUAAAGACAGGUUAAACCUGGGAUCUGUUAUCCUAACUUUUUCCAGAGGAGCAAAUUUGUUUUGAGGCGCAAUGAUGAGAGUGAAAUUUGAAUGUCAAGAUGGCACGAGUGAUCUAUGUAACUUGUCAGUUUUAUCUGUGUUGUAAAAAUUGUAUUUGUAAGCUACCUCGAAGAGCAAAACUGAGAUGGGUGAUAAUGAAGCAUGUUAGAACACUUGAGACUGUAUAUCAAAUUAUAUGGUUGAAGCGUUUGGAGUAAAUGAUCAAUUGUGACAAAGUACAGAUCUAAGGAAAGGCUAUUGGGGUGUUUUUAUAUUUUUAUUUCCCCCACCAUUUAUGCUGCAGGAGUGAGACUACUACUGAUGGGUUUAGUCACAAACUAGUAAGAUGUGGUUAAGAUGCAACCAAACAUAACUAUUCUUAGCUACUCUGUACCCUAUUCACAGCUUACAGCUUUUGUGUAUAAACCCCCAGUCAAUCGAUGGGUUGCAUGGAUAAUUGGGUUGUGAAUACCUAUUGGCAUAUGUUGGUAACUUGGCGUAUUGCAGCAUGCGCAGGAAUUCUUCUCAAUGUAAAAUUAUGUCCAUAUACUGCCAACUCGCAGCAAUAUGUAUCAACAGAAAUGGUUUGGAUGGCUUUAUGUACGUUUAGUGAAUGCGCAUUGUAUUUCUGAAGACUGGCUGAGUUGGUUUGGGAGGUUUGUGUGU